AUGUUUGUGCCAUUCCUUGCAGCAGACCCAAGGAGACCAAGCACCGCUGCCGUGAAGCCUGGAGAGACCUCUGAUUUUCACUUUCAUGUGGAGGGCUACCGUUCCAAGCAGGCCUGGAUUAUGGUGAGGGCUUCGGAUGGGACAGGCCACUGGAACUCCGAACGUGUGGUGCGGGUGGUCCAGCAAGUCUUCAGCUACUCUUGGAAGUUCAGUGCAUGGGGUCCGUGCACCAAGUUGGUCUGCAGCAGUAGCGUGGGUGAAGAGGGUCGAACUGUAUACUGUGGCGGUUCUGAUGGCGGCGUCUAUGACGUUGAACAUUGCUCCGGCCCACCUACGUGCACUGACACUCCCGGGUGGAGAGACAGUUAUGGUGACACUUGCCAGACCUACGCUACAAAUUUGUAUUGCACUGCUGAGGGUGGCUAUGGUCCUGGAUGGAAAUGGUUCUGGGGCUCCUUCGAAGACUACCGGCGCAAUGGGCACAUCGCGCCUACCGCAUGCUGUGCCUGCGGCGGUGGAGCGUUGGUCGACUCGCAGCCAGAAUCUGUAAGAGCAUGUUCUGAGCCCACGCAGGGACCAGAUUUGAACGGCGAUGGUGUCGACGAUUGUGCUCCUGCGAUAGCACCACCGGCACCAGUCACAGAGACCACAACGGAGACCAGCAGUACUGCAACUCAGACAACUGAAACGACGACGACGCAAACUGCCACAUCAGCGACUCAAACAUCCUCGACGUCGCAAACUGGUACAAUCACGAGUGUCACCCAGACAAGCUCCACAGACACACAGACUUCAAGAACAACUUCCAGCACGUCCACAGCAACCUGGUCUUCCACUAGUGUGACGCAAACGAUCACAACGACCGCCACAGUUACGGCAACACUGACAUCAACACUCACAACAACUCUCACCACUCGGACAACUACAGUGACGUCAACAGCUACCUCAUCGUGGACCAGGACCUCUUCAUCUCAAACCAGCACUAUUUCCUCAAGUGCAACUCGCACUGAAACCACAACAGGCUCUACAACAGCAACCAUCACCUCAACCUCCAUCUCACUCACAAGCACAACGGCCACCUUGACGAGCACUGCGAGCUUGACGUCCACAAGCAUAUCAGGCACGAGAAGUUCAACGAUUUCAACGACAACACAAUCUUCAACCUUGAGUUCAACCAUCAGCAGCACUGCUUCCAGCACUACAUCCUCUAGUACAACUGCUUCAAGCACCUUGACUGCAACGUCUACUCUCACGACCACGUCGACCACUGAAUCAGACACUGUCACUUCUACCGGCACGACUUCUACAAGCCUUUCCUUUACAGCCACCACAACAACAAGUUCAACUACAAGUUCAUCAACUGGUACAGAAACAACUCGCACUAUCACCUCGUCUGGAACUCAGACUUCCACCCUGACGUCUUCAGAAACCAGCACAACAAUCUCAACCUCCAUCUCCUCCACGAAGACCAGCACUGUGACCAGCACCAGUGUAUCUCGCACAGCCACGACGUCAGUGACUACCACUAGUAGCUCACAGUCAAGCACAUCGGUCACCUCGACACAAACAACGUCCAGUCUGACUGUAACUUUGACUAGCACCACCUCAUUAUCAAGCAGUUCAACGACAACGAUCACAGUUUCAAGCACAACCUCGAUCACCACCACAACUGUGACAAAGACGACAAGCUCUACAACAAGCAGCACCUCAACUAGAAGCACGAGCAUCAGCUCCACAACAACAAGCACCAAGUCAAGCACUGCGACAAGCAGCUCUUCAACGACGUCAACUUCGAGCAGCACAGUCACCUGGACAACCACAGUCACCACCACUACAAGUUUGACAAGCAGUAGCAACACCAUGAGUUCUACGCACACUUCUACGAAAACCAUCACGACCACAACAAGCUCUUCAGUGACAACGUCUAGGAGCAGCACUAGCACGCUUUCUUCAACUGUCACAACUACCACCAGCUCAACUUCCAGUAGCACCAGUACAAGCGUCACUUCUACAGACACAAGCACUACGUCACAGACGUCCAGCACUACGUCCAGUAGCACGUCCAGCUCCACAAGCACAAGCACGGAGUCGUCCACCAGCAAGACAUCGAGCACAUCCCGAAGCAGUAGCAGUUCAACAAGUGUCACAGUCACUCACACUGAUACAUCCACAACAACUGGCACUUCUUCAGUGACAGUUUCAUCCACCACAUCUUCAUCGAGCACAUCUUCUUCCAGCACCUCAUCCUCAAGCCUUUCUUCUAGCAGCUCGUCGGUUUCCAGUACUGUCUCCUCCUCGACGAGUCUUUCAACAUCAUCCUCUAGCACCACAUCGACAUCAUCCAGUUCAAUCACAACUUCAAGUACGACUACCACAAGCUUUACAUCCAGCUCACUGACAAUGACGUCAAGCAGCAGCACCAGCAGCAGCUCCAGUUCAUCCUCUCUCACCUCAACAACAACCUCUGCCUCAUCAUCAACAUCUUCAUCAACCAGCACAAGCACCAGCACCACCAGAACCAGCACAAGCAAGACCGGCACAACCAGCAGCAGCACUACCAGCACCAGCACUUCCAGCAGCAGUACUGCUUCUACAACCUCAAAGACGACAACGACUUCCACCACCACGACUAGCACCUCUAGCACUAGCACAGCUACCUCUACCAGUACAACUGUCACAACAUCAACAAGCUCCACCACAACAUCCACGAGCAUCUCCUCUACGAUCUCGACGUCUACCAGCAGCUCGUUCACAUCUACAUCCAAGACUUUCACUUCGUCCACGUCUGGCACAACAAGCAUCACUACAACCUUAUCCAGCUCCACGACGUUGUCAACGACGUCCACAAGCGUUACCACUUCAACAAGCAAAACACUGACAUCGACCAAGACUUCAUCAACCAGCUCGUCAUUCACCAGCACGACGUCACAGACCAGUAGCUCUUCCCUGACUUCCUCCAGCAGCUCCAGCAGCAGCUCCACUUCCGGAACCACGACCUCCAUGACCAGCUCGACCCACACGGCCACAGUCACCAGCAGUUCAACCACAAGCUCCUCAACAAUUUCCGACACAACGACCAUUAGCGUCACAGGGACGAGCAGCACCACAGCCACAGUGACCAGGACAUCUCAGACCUUAAGCUCUACAACUUCGAUUUCCAAGACCUGGACGUCUACUUCCUUCACAGAAACCACAUCCACACAAACCAGGAAUGGGCCUCCGGUGCAGAUCCUGAGUGAGCCAGAAGAUGUGAUGACGAUCGACUCGACCUUGCUUGUGCUGGGGGUCAAUGACACAACGCCUGGUUUGGAGGAUUCUUUGCAAGACUCCAUUUCCAGCACUGUGGGCGUCGACCCAAGAAGAGUUGCAAUUUCAGAUCUUGGUAUGACGCUGGCGGCAGUGCUGGAUGAUGGGCUUCGCCGUCGGUUGUCCAUGAUGGAAUUGGCUCUGGAAGUGAAUUUUCAGGUCAUCCUGACAGGCGAAAGCGAGUCUUCAGAACUUGGCUCCUCUUCGGCUGCAAGUGUACUAAGUGCUGUUUCUGCUAUAAAGGACGACCCAUCUGCUUUGGUCUCGAAGCUCUCCAACACCUUAGCUGUUGAAACUCCAUUGCGUGCACGGCUCACGACGCCGAAACUGCAGCAGAAGCAGGCUGUCAUUGUGGCGGAGGAGUGGGGCACAUGUGGGCCUGGCCUAACGUGUGCGCGCUCAGAGCAGCUGUUGUUGCGAUAUCGGGCUGUGUGGUGCGCUGACGCAGAGAACAUCUCUGUCCAGCUGUCCUCGGCUAUGUGCUCUGGCAACGCCCCCAGGACCAUGGAGCCGUGCCCAGACACCGUGACGCAUCCUCCAAGCUGUGGUUGGCACCUGGGCUCGUGGUCCGAGUGCCGCUCACAGGUCUCAGACAAGAACAGCACCGAUGUGGUGGACAACAUGACGACACCUUGCGACAGCAGUGGCAUAGGCCAUCAGCAGCGGGAGGUGAGAUGUCUAGCCCAGGACCCAGCGAUAGAUUGUGGCAAUCCGCCAGAAAGAGAAAGAGAGUGUCAAUGCAUCUCGAGCCAGCUGCAACUGCAAAGGGAUCACCUCCAGCAGGAAACGGCACAAGUCCUGGCUGCCUCUCCUGGACCCCUCCUGAUAGGACUCAUUGCUGGAGGCUGCAUUGCAUGCACCUGCUGUGCCUUUUGCUGCUUCAGUAUGGUGAAGGGAAACCAGAGCACAGUGAAAAAGCUUGACAAGAGCACGUUGCAAGACUUUGAUGGCCCAGCUGCAGAGCCAAAGCGCCCAGAUGCACCCCAAAGUGCUGUGACAGUAUGUGUGGCUGCAGGGCGUCGGAGCCGCGAUGGUGAGGAGAGGCCGGAGUCUCCGGAGGAUGGCGAUUCGACUGUUGCUUGCAGCGUGCAAUCACCUCUUCCGUCUCCUUCACAUGCUCCAAGCUACCAGUCGCGUGUCACUCCGCUGGCUUCGCCUUGUUCCAUUGCAUCAGUGUCAUCUCAACCAAUACAGCUUCCACUGCCAUCACCUUCCGCCAUGUCCGUCUCUUCCAUCAAUGCUGUUUUGCAGUCGCCGGCACAUUCUAUGCAAGGCUCGGGCUCACCUGACACGAUGCUAGACGGCUUGGAAUUCUCUCCGAGGCGUCGGUCAAAUGGGCCUAGUUCCCCGAAAAAGAGGUCCGGACCUAGUGGACCCUCUCUGCCGGUGCUGUCAGAACACCAAUCGAUUCAAGGCGCAGUUGAAAGUGAGACAGCUCUGUUUGCGGCUCUCAGCUCUCCGAGCAACUUCUUGAGACCAGCAUCCCCCAGCAAGCUGAGGGCGGCUUCCCUACCUCCAGUCGCCGAAGUGGAGAAGCAGCGUGACCCGCCUUUGCCAAGCCAAGCACAAAGCGACAGUGAAGGGCAUAACUCAGUGAACACGCAGAAGCAACGGAAAAAGAAAGGUCCUCGGCCACCCACCCUGGAAUUGGAUCGCUAUCUUGAAGAUGAAGCACCUUUGCACUCGGAGCAGGAAGAUGUUGAAGUGAACUAUGCCACAUCACCUUCGAAGUCUCCAAGCAAGCGCAAUGCCAGCCAUGCUUUUGCACCAGCUUGGCUGAGGGAUGAUGGUGAGGCAUGUGGCGGUGGCACUCCUUCCCAUGCCGAGAGGUUCGAGCUGAAGUCGAUGCCUCCACAGCCACUCCUCCCACAACCGCCAACUCCCGGUGGAACGAUACCGCCACCACCAAUUCCGAAGAACCCGGAGCCACCAUCGCAAGCUCCACAAGGCCUUCGUCGUGGCAAUUCCAAAGUGGAUUUCCCCAGUGUGCCACCAUCGCCAAGCACCAAGAGCACACCAGUUGCACAGGAAUUGUCUGAGUCGGCCUUGCCAUCAGCCCCAAAUCUGCCUCCACCUCCGAGGUUGGCCUCUCGCGAAUCUGAAGUGUUCUCAGUGUUCUCGCUCUGA